GCAGUUGACGGAAAGAUUGACGUUCGCGUUACAGGUUAAUACAAGCUGCUCAAAUGGUAAUUACUACUCGGCUCUCGUGCAUUCAUACGAUGGAGUUCGAGGAUAGAUCCCAUUUCAUUGGUUAUUUGUUGACGGAAUGGGCGAUUUACACUGGAAUAGGUUCCUUGACCACGUCCCUUGUGCAUGGCGUUUUCAUACGUAGGGUUUUCAGACUUGAGAAGAGUCUCUGUGGCAGACGGAGAAUGUCAUUCGCUUUGAUUGCAUUUUUGGUCAUGGAGCAAGUUUUUGGUCUUCUUAGUACAAUCUGCAUCUUCAAACGACGUGAUCAUCCUAACUACAGUGCCGAGGUUAUUUGGUCUAUUUCGAUCUCGCUUGGUUGUUCAGCAAUCAAUGAUAUUCUUAUCGCUGGAACUUUGGCUUAUAUUCUCCACAAACACAGGGUUAUAUCGUCAAGAACGAACCAAAUGAUCACGAAACUUGUUAUAUUCUGCUCGCAAACGGGUUUAAUUACAACCGUGGCGGCAUUUAUUACUAUGGGACUUUGUGCAGCUUGCCGUUUCGGUAUUAACCAUCUAUAUAUGUGUUUUCCUAUUGGAGGCCUAUAUGCUACAUGUCUUCUCGCCAACUUCAUCGCUCGGGAAUCCUACCUGCAGCCACAGACAGUCCACCAAACCGAAAAUGCUGAAAUCAGUUUUGCACGUUUCACGCAGGCGAUUCAUGUAGGCUUACCAGACAAUCACACCGGGCAUCAGGAAACAUUGGUAAUACAAGGAGGAGCAGAUUCCUCGAAAGCGUCCUCUCGUUGAGUUGAGUCGUUAUAAUCCUUUGGGUAUAAUGCCGCCAUCUCGGUGUUGUCGUAGUUAGGUUAUCAUCGUAAGCAUGUAUCGAGAAGCUGCUCAACAUCCACUAUAGUUACAUUCACCGGCCAUAGUCAGACCGUUAGUAGAAGGAAUACAGAUAGUUUAUUACCUAAAAUGCCUCAUCCUUCUCUACC